AUGUGGAAUCUGAACUAUUCACCGGAUCAAAGGAUUGAUGAAGGUGAAAAGGGUAAAAGGGUCGGAUCUGAGUGGAACUUGAGCUCAGCAUCGCCGGUCCCGAUGGAGGAUGGUUUAUCUGAGGAAGAAGAUGAUGCAGAGAGAAGUGGUGGUGAUGGGAACAGGAAAAGAAGCAGCAAAAUCUUUGGUUUCUCUGUGUCACGUGAGGGUGAUGAUGAUGAUAUAGGUCCAUGUUCGUUGGGGAGUGAGCCGCCGGUGACAAGGCAGUUCUUUCCGGUGGACGAGUCGGAAACCACCGUUACAUCCGGAGCUGGAGCAGCACCCAAUUUUCCGAGGGCGCACUGGAUGGGGGUGAAAUUAUGCCAGUCUGACCCAAACACCGAUAGCGUCCUGGGGAAGUCUGCGGCGGAAGUUUCGCAGCCUCUCAAGAAAAGCCGCCGUGGGCCAAGGUCCCGGAGCUCUCAGUACCGCGGCGUCACCUUUUACCGGCGAACCGGCCGGUGGGAAUCACACAUAUGGGAUUGUGGAAAACAAGUUUAUUUAGGUGGAUUUGAUACAGCACAUGCUGCAGCCCGUGCAUACGAUAGGGCAGCUAUUAAGUUUCGUGGAGUAGAAGCAGACAUAAACUUCAGUUUGGAUGACUACGAGGAAGACUUAAAACAGAUGAGAAAUCUAACGAAGGAAGAAUUUGUUCAUGUACUUCGACGACAAAGCACCGGUUUUCCAAGAGGAAGUUCCAAGUAUAGAGGUGUUACUUUGCAUAAAUGUGGUAGAUGGGAAGCCAGAAUGGGCCAGUUCUUAGGCAAAAAGUACGUUUAUUUGGGUCUAUUUGAUACCGAAGUUGAAGCUGCCAGGGCUUAUGAUAUAGCUGCCAUCAAGAGUAAUGGAAAGGAAGCUGUAACCAAUUUUGAUCCCAGCAUUUAUGAAGAACUUAAAGCUGCAGAUUCUUCUAGUAAUGCAUCUGAGCACAAUCUUGACUUGAGUUUGGGAAAUUCGGCCUCAAAACCAAGCAGUCGAGAAUUUGUGGAUGACACUCAUCGUGCUGGAGACCAACAUUCUCCAUCCCUGCAAUUUGAACUUGAAUGGCAACGUCAGGGACUGAUGCCGGAGCACCAAGUGAGUCCAAUUGACCAUGAUGUGCGGAGAAGUGACGUAUUUAAUGAAACAGAUACCAUACAGCUCCUAAGCCAAACACACCUAUAUUCUCCAGGCUCAAUGAAGGUUAAUGAAAUGCAUAGAUAUGGGCAACUUGUGAAAGCUAAGGAACCCCAUAUGCUUCAGAUGUUUUCAUCAACGAUCAGCUCACAAAACUAUCAAUUUCCGAGCAGCAGCAAUGGAGGCAGUAUUUGGAGCUGA